ACUAUGUAGAUGCUUGUAUGUCUUUUGUUCAAGGCAGCUAGCCUUCUAAUGGAAAUUAUUUUCGACUAAAAAAAAAAGUGUUUUAAAGGCAAGAAGAUAUUUGAAAGAGGAAGAGUCAACCAUAUGGCAUAUGUAGUAACAAGUCAAAGUUUAGCUUGUCGAGUCAAAAAAUGCCUAACAUGUCCCUUUUAGAUUCAGCUGGACUUCAUUAUGUAGAAUUAUAUAGAUGAUUCAUUAUUGAAGGCUACCGGACCAGCCCACCUCAGAUGUUUAUAACACUUGAAAACGUAAGAAGAUAAAAUCCUCCAUAGUCCAUAAGACACAGCAAAUAGUUUUCAUGGAGAAAACCAAAGAUAUGGAGCAGGUGCAAAUCAGAGUGGAAGACAAGGAAAUGAAUUCUUCUGAUAGUAGGAUCUCAAAGGCGGCUAAUUUCCUGCAUCAAUAUCCUAUUCUUAAGAAAUACGGCUGGUGGUUUCGAAUAACCUUAUACAUCAAUUUCCUUCUGGCUGGCCAAUCUGCAGCUACCCUUUUAGGCAGAUUAUACUUUGAUAAUGGCGGAAACAGCAUAUGGAUUGCAACUUUAGUUGAAUCUGCAGGCUUCCCAGUCAUAAUUCCCCUCAGAUUUAUCUUCCCACUAUCCAGUAAUUCUACAACAAUUGCUAACACUUCUUCAAACAAUGACCCUCUUCCAAGACGGAAGCCAUCAAAGACCACUCUUUUCUUGCUUUUUCUCUUCUUUGGAGUGUUUUUAGCAGGUGACAAUUUGCUGUAUUCAUAUGGGCUUCAGGACCUCCCUGUUUCAACUUAUUCUCUUAUAUGUGCUACUCAAUUAGCCUUCAAUGCUCUGUUUUCUUUCCUCCUAAACUCGCAAAAAUUCACUGCAUUAAUCUUCAACUCGCUCGUCCUACUAACCGUAUCAGCCUCGCUUCUCGCUGUCCAUCCAGAUUCGGAUAAUGGGUCAUCAACAAAAGUUUCCAAGGGCAAAUACAUAAUUGGAUUUAUAUGCACUGUUGGUGCAUCAGCUAUGUACUCACUUCAGCUUUCUCUGAUAGAACUAUCUUUCAAGAAAGUAAUCAAGAGGGAAACAUUUGAUGCAAUUUUGGAUAUGCAGAUUUGGCCCUCAUUUGUUGCUAGUUGUAUUUGUGUGGUGGGACUUUUCGCCAGUGGAGAAUGGAAAAAGUUACCUAAAGAACUGGAAGGCUAUGAAAAGAGCAGCCUAUCAUAUUUCAUGACCUUGAUUUGGACCGCAAUUUCAUGGCAAAUAUCAUCAAUGGGUUUGCUUGGGUUGAUCUUUGAGGUGUCCUCCCUGUUUUCCAAUGUCAUUAGUACAAUUUCCCUGCCUGCAAUUCCAAUUCUUGCAGUGAUUUUCUUCCAUGACAAAAUGGAUGGGGUAAAGGUGAUAGCUCUGAUUCUAGCCAUUUGGGGUUUCCUUUCUUAUAUCUAUCAGAACUAUCUGGAUGAUGCAAAAUCAAGAAAAUUUGCUGCAAAUGAAGAUGCAUCUUUGAGCCUUGUAGAAAUUAAGGAUUGACCUGAGGCAAAGAAUGGUAGUUAGUAGGAUAUUUUUACACACAGCUUACUAGUUUUCAAGGUGGUGGUUAUAUACCAGAGGACAAGAUCUUCCUUCUUUAGCAAAAGAUUUACAUUUUAUUGCUAACUGAAUAAAUGAACCUUGUUCUUUCAUUUUAUUUACAUGUACGCUUCAAUCUUUUCCGCCCUUCUCCAAUCACCUAUGACAUCAAAGUUCAGUUUUGGUUAAUCAAUCUGUAUUCCCAGUAAGUUUGAUCCAUAUAAAAAAGGACACAAGAAUAUACUCCUUCGAUCCCAAAAGAUAAACCACAAAAC